AUGAACGUAUUCCGCGGUCCUACAUCGGUGGCAGACUUCUUCGACCCUGACAAGAAUCCACCGCUACCUCUGAUAGAGAUUCCGGACCGUUUGAACCCCUUCAGACAGGAUGGAGUCCGGAUAUACGCCAAGAUGCUCACACAUCUUCCUGCGCAAAACGUCAAGUCUUUACCCGCGUUGAGAAUGCUCAGAGGAAUUCCUGAGGCCAGGCACAACACCAUCGUCGAAGCCAGCUCGGGGUCAACGGUCCUAUCCCUGGGGAUCAUUGCCCGUGUUCUAUGGGGCCAUAACGACGUCAAUGCAUAUGUCACCAACAAGAAGCACCCGGAGUCUCUCAGCUUGCUGCGCUUCUUUGGAAUUUCGCCACAUCUUUACAGCGGUCUAGCACAGCAAGAGCCUACAGAUGAGACCGGGAUCAUGUGUAGAUUGAGGCGGUUAGCGGCAAAGCGUCGGGAUGUGACAUACCCAGGGCAAUAUGAUAAUGAGAACAACUGGAGGGCACAUGAGCAAUGGACAGGGCCGCAAAUCCUCCAGCAGCUACCAGAGAUCAACAUCUUUUGCACCACAGUGGGCACUGGAGGCUGCAUUACCGGGACAUCAGCAUAUCUCAAGUCCAAGAAACCCUCCGUCAGGACAUUGGGGGUGUUCAACGUCUUCGGUGACCCAACCCCUGGACCAAGGCAUUUCGAAGGAUUCAACUCCUGCGGAUUUCCCUGGGCGCAAACGGUAGACGACUUUGUCGAGGUUGCAUCGGUCGACUCGUAUCGUGCGUCGAUGCAUCUCUCCCGAGAAGGCUUGAUUGCUGGCCCGUCCUCCGGGCAAGCUCUGUGCGGGCUCCUGGAUUACAUCGGCCGGCUCAAGAAGACGGGUGAGCUUGGGAAGCUUGCUAAUAACACGACCGGCGAGGUCUCGUGCGUGUUUACCUGCAGCGACCUUCCUUACCAGUAUCUCGCAGGGUACUUUCAGAAGCUUGAAGAGGCGGAGUUUCCGCCUAUUCAAAAUAAGCUCAGACAUGAUGAGAGGUGGAUUCUCGAUCCCCUUAAGGCGGCUGAGAUGCUGCAGGACCGAGUGCGUCCGGUCACAAGUGAAAAGGCAAUCAACAUAUCCUUGACAACCCUCGACUCCGUCGUAGAUGCGGAUCCCUUGAACCCCCGGAGGGUUUCCAGGUUCUUGUCCACGCUCCGGUCUUGCCUCGGCCACUCUGCCAGUCACAAGUCAAACCCGAGAUGCUGCCACCUUCAUCCAGAGCCGGAUUUAUACGCGCCCGCUGUCCUGGAUCUCCGGGCUAAAACCGCGUUUGAGAAGCAUCACGUCCCUGGUUCCAUUCAUUUACCGCUGGACGGGUUGACUCCUGAGUUGGCGGGCGGCGAUCUGUUCGGGGAUCCGGAAGCCGUGUUCUCUAUCUGGAAUAGCAUCCAGUCCCGUUUCUCGGAGGCAGGAGUAUUGAAACUGUUGGAUGGUAUUAAGAUAAGCCAGCGUGCCGUGAUCCUGGUUUGCUAUGACGGAGACGCGUCCCGGUUGGGGACAUCGACGCUUAGACACCAAGGGAUAGAAGCGUUUAGUGUAAAGGGAGGAUUCAGGGCUCUCAGUGAGGUUGUCAGGAGGUAA